AUGGCGAUACUCGACCGAUUCCGUGGGCAUUCACACGCCUCGCCUGCUUCCUCCACGAUGAUAGAUCAGGAUCCUGAGAAGAAACCGCAGAUGUUGAAAGGUGGUGUGAAGGAGAUUUUCCGCAUGCGUAUCAUUGCCAUGGCGAUCAUUGUGUCAAUGGGUGGUUUCAUCUUUGGUUACGACACCGGUCAAAUCUCUGGAUUCCUGGAAAUGCCAGACUUUCUGAACAAAUUUGCGGAUCAGACGGACCCUGAAACAGGCGGACCUGCUUUCAGCAAUUGGAAGUCUGGGUUGAUCGUCGCCCUACUCUCAAUCGGUACCUUGAUGGGUGCUUUAAUCGCCGCUCCUAUCGCCGACAAAUUCGGCCGCAAAUACUCUAUCGUCUUCUGGAAUAUCAUCUUCUGCAUCGGAGUCAUUGUUCAGAUUACUACAACGAAAACAUGGUAUCAAAUCUCCCUAGGUCGUUGGGUCGCUGGUCUUGGUGUAGGAGGACUGUCGGUCCUUACGCCAAUGUACCAGUCCGAGACUGCACCACGCUACGUAAGAGGUGCGCUCGUAUCGUGUUACCAGCUCUUUAUCACCCUCGGAAUCUUUACCGCUUACUGCAUCAAUUUCGGUACCGAAGAUGAUGGCAGUUCAGCUUCAUGGAAGAUUCCAAUGGGUGUUGGCUUUAUCUGGUCAGCACUCAUGAUGGUCGGGAUUCUCUUUAUGCAGGAAUCUCCACGAUGGGAAUACCGCAAGGGCAAAGUUGACGAAGCGAUACACACUAUCGCCCUUACGUACGGUGUUUCUCAGGACCACCCAGAGGUUCAGCGCGAAGUCCAGGAAAUCCAGAAGAAAUUAGAGGCGGAGCAAGCGGGAGGCGGCCACCACCCCUGGUACGAGAUCUUUACAGGACCGCGCAUGUUGUAUCGUGUAUUACUUGGUAUCAGUCUGCAAGCCCUCCAGCAGCUCACAGGUGCCAAUUAUUAUUUCUACUAUGGAACCACGAUCUUCCGGUCUGUUGGUAUUUCAAAUUCGUUCGUCACCUCCAUGAUCCUAGGAGGUGUCAACUUUGGCAUGACUUUCCCCGGUCUGUAUAUUGUUGAGAAGUUUGGACGGAGGCCUGCACUAAUCACUGGUGCCUUGUGGAUGUUCAUGUGUUUCCUGGUCUUUGCUUCACUGGGCCACUUCGCUCUGGAAAAUGACGACGGCACUUCGAACCAGGGUGUUGGGUAUGCUAUGAUCACCUUUGCGUGUCUCUUCAUCGCAGGCUAUGCCAUGACAUGGGGACCAAUUGUCUGGGCUGUCGUUGGAGAAAUCUACCCCAGCCGAUACCGUGCGAAGGCCAUGGCUCUAGCCACAGCCAGCAACUGGACCUGGAACUUCCUCAUCUCCUUCUUCACACCCUAUAUCACGGCUGCCAUCGAUUAUCAAUAUGGAUACGUCUUCGCGGCCUGCUGUUUCCUCGGCGCUAUAGUAGUCUACUUCUUCGUCUGCGAAUCUCAUGGCCGCACCCUCGAAGAAAUUGACACUAUGUACAUCCUCCACGUUACACCAUGGAAGAGCAAGCACUGGACUCCCACUCCUGGCGAGGAGUUGCCCAAUCUAGACAACACAUUUUUGACGCCUGGAGGAAGAGGCAUUAAGAAGGGCAACGAAGCGAGAGCGCCCGAACAGCUGCGAAGGGAGAGUGUGCCUGUCACUGAUGCCGAUAUGCAGGCAAGUGGUGCGAGGCAAGACGAGUAG